UUCACUCUCACGCCCUAGCCUUCCCUGGGGGUAACAGCAACGAGGCAAUUUCUGAGAAGAAAAGCCCUGAAAAAAAAAAUGGAAGAAGGCUCUGGGGAAACCAUACGGACAAAACCAAUGUUCAUGGAAGCCCUUUGAAUCCACGGGAAACUUCAGAGUAAACGCUUCGCCUAUUCGAUUUCUAGGGUUUCGGUUUUUCUCUCAUUUUUUUCUUCCUUGGAUCACUAUGCCCGCUGUGACUUGGGUGCGUGUGAUGUUUUUCUUCUCAUUCAGCGUUUAGUUGAUCACCCAAUUGGACGACGAAGACAAUCGAUCAAUACCUUCUUGCUACUUCUGCAAAAGUUUAGCUGUAAAUAAUCGUAUAAUCUCGCAGUUAAAAAAGAAAAGAAAAAGAAACCUGGGUAGAUAGUGUUGGCUUCCCUGUCCUGACAUGCGAUUAUCGUCCGCUUCCGGUUCGUCAUUGGACAAGAGGAGACUUGAUCGAUCGGGGUCGCGGCUUCGGAAGAAGCACAAGAGGCUAGACGCAAUAUGCGAAAAGGAGUAUAAUCGGAACCAUAGUGAAUUGAAUGAGGAUGGUGACGGGGCUGGUACUUCGGGCCCUGAUGCAGAGCUACGCCGCAGCUCAAGGGUUCGGCGAGCUCCGGCUGUGCUCGAUGCCUCUCCUCCUCCCCCUAAGAAACGGCGGACGUUAGGUAAGAAUGUAAUGCUGAGGAGUGUGAGCGAUGUGAAUAGCCCUGUACAUGUGAAUCAGAGUUCUGGUGAGGUAGAGUGUCCAGGAACAUGGAGUUCAAGGUUGAGAUCCAGGGUUAAAAAUGUAGGUUUCAGGGUGAAGAGGGAGAGGGAAUCAUCGAGUGGUAAAAGGAAGCUGUUCAAGGAUAUGGACGAAAGCAGGGACAAUGAAAAGCCGGAGGUUCCAGAGAUUAAUAAGAAAGAGGAAUUAGAAGGUGGGAUACCGAAGGUCGUUAAGUCAAAAAGACCAGGGAGGAUCAAAGCGACAAAACAUGCGGAAGAGCAUAAACAGAAUGAAUCCCAUGGGAACUUGGAUGAGAGGAAGAGUCAAGAAGUGGAACUUAGUUUGAACCAAGAUGAGGAAAGUGCUUCAAUUUCAGGAUCUAAAUUGUCUGAUGAGAAUGUAAUGGAAAUACUGGAUGGGAAUGCCUCUCCAAAUAUAGAGAUUAGCGAGAGAAACAUAUGCGAUAAUUUGCAGUUACAGGAGUUUAAUGGUGAUGUUGAAUUGUCUCGAGGGGAACACGUAGAUAAAUCUGAUGGUCAAUUGGAGAGCGUGAAGAUAGCUGAAAAUGGAAGAGAUGAUGUAGAAAUUGUUGGGAAUCUUGCAAAGAAAGUAGAAAAUGAAGGAUCUAUCAAUAAGAACUCUGCAGUUGACGAAAAGGCUUUGCAAGAUGAAAAUAUUGUAAAAAUAGACACGCCCAAACAAGCUUCAAAUGAUAUAACUGAUCAACCACGCAUUAAAGAAGGCAGAAGGUGUGGUUUGUGUGGUGGAGGGACUGAUGGUAAACCUCCAAAAAGGUUAGUUCAGGAUAAUGGUGAGAGUGAGAAUGAGGCAUAUAGUGGGUCUUCAGCAUCGGAGGAGCCUAAUUAUGAUCCUUGGGAUGGUUUUGGUGAUGAACCUGGCUGGCUUGGGCGUCUCUUAGGUCCUAUUAAUGAUCGCUAUGGUAUUGCUGGAAUAUGGGUUCAUCAGCACUGUGCUGUAUGGAGUCCAGAGGUAUAUUUUGCUGGCUUGGGAUGCCUAAAAAAUGUGAGGGCUGCUCUUUGCAGAGGAAGGGCAUUGAAGUGCACACGUUGUGGGAGACGAGGGGCUACCAUUGGUUGUCGGGUUGAUCGAUGUCCAAAGACGUAUCACUUGCCUUGUGCAAGAGCAAAUGGUUGUAUCUUUGAUCAUCGCAAAUUUCUUAUAGCCUGUACAGAUCAUAGACAUCUCUUCCAACCUCAGGGUAAUAAAUAUUUAGCCCGGAUAAAGAAAUUGAAAGCUAGAAAGAUGAAGCUGGAGAUUAGAAAGCUUUCAAAUGAUGCUUGGAGAAAGGAUAUUGAGGCAGAAGAAAAAUGGUUGGAGAACUGUGGUGAAGAUGAAGAAUUUUUGAAACGUGAGAACAAGAGGCUUCAUCGUGAUUUAUUGAGAAUAGCCCCUAUAUAUAUUGGCGGUCCUGACUCUGAUGGUGAAAAAUCAUUUCAGGGUUGGGAAUCUGUUGCUGGGCUUAAGGAUGUCAUCAGUUGCAUGAAAGAAGUUGUUAUUUUACCACUGCUCUAUCCUGAGUUCUUUGAUAAUUUAGGUCUUACUCCUCCAAGAGGUGUUCUUUUGCAUGGAUAUCCUGGAACAGGCAAAACUUUAGUAGUUAGAGCAUUGAUAGGUGCAUGUGCUCGCGGUGAUAAACGGAUUGCAUAUUUUGCUCGUAAAGGUGCAGAUUGCUUGGGGAAAUAUGUGGGUGAUGCUGAACGCCAACUGAGACUACUAUUCCAGGUUGCUGAAAAAUGUCAACCUUCUAUAAUAUUCUUUGAUGAGAUAGAUGGAUUGGCACCAAGCCGUACUAGGCAGCAAGAUCAGACACAUAGUUCUGUUGUGUCAACACUGCUUGCUCUUUUGGAUGGUUUGAAAUCUAGGGGUUCAGUUGUAGUCAUAGGUGCAACAAAUCGUCCUGAUGCUGUUGACCCAGCACUUAGGCGUCCUGGAAGAUUUGAUCGGGAAAUCUAUUUUCCAUUGCCAUCAAUUGAGGACAGAGCUUCCAUUCUCUCGCUUCACACACACAGGUGGCCAAAACCAAUCACUGGAUCCUUACUUGAUUGGAUUGCAAGAAAAACUCCUGGAUUUGCUGGUGCAGAUCUUCAGUCUCUCUGUACCCAAGCUGCCAUCAAUGCUUUGAAGAGAAACUUCCCUUUGCAAGAAGUGCUGUCUGCAGCUUCAGAGGAAGAUUAUGGUGGUAAGCGCCUUCCUCUUCCAUCCUUUGCAGUGGAGGAAAGGGACUGGUUGGAGGCUUUAUCAUGUGCACCACCGCCAUGCUCCCGGAGAGAAGCUGGGAAUGCUGCAAAUGACAUAGCAUGUGCCCCUCUUCCCACCCACCUUAUACCUUGUUUGUUGCAACCAUUAUGCACUCUGCUUGUGUCUCUGUAUCUUGAUGGGCGCCUAUGGUUGCCACCUCCUAUGUUUAAAGCUGUAACAAGGAUUAAAAGCACUAUGAUUUCUGCUCUGGACAAAAAGAAAAUGUCUGUUGAUCACUGGUGGUUGCAUGUUGAUGAUUUUCUUCAAGAUGCAGAUUUUGCUGCUGAUAUAGGGAGGAAACUCAUCUGUGCUGGCAUUUUAUCUGCAAAUGAUGGCCAAGCUUGUUCUUGCGAUCCUUUAGAUGAUACUGAUUGUGAGGUGAAACUUGAACCUUCUAUAAAGCAUCAUGUCAGCACAUGUAGUGGUUUAUUGUCAAAUAAGUCAUUUAUGUUGUUGAAGAAAUCAGGAUUUCGGAUAUUGAUUGCUGGAAAUCCCAAAUCUGGUCAGAGGCAUCUUGCUUCCUGCCUUAUUUACUGCUUUGUUGGUAAUGUUGAAAUUCAGAAGAUUGAUAUGGCAACCAUUUCACAAGAAGGACAUGGAGAUGUGGUACAAGGGAUUUCACAAAUAUUAAUGAAAUGUGCUAGUGUGCAAUCAUGUGUUGUCUUCAUGCCAAGAAUUGAUCUGUGGGCCGUGGAGACUCAUUUUCAGGGUGCUGGAAGUUCUGAUUACUGCUCUACACAUGAUCAAGUUUCUGAGAUGGAAGAGUCUUGUUUAACACCGAGUCAGGUUGUUGAAAAGAAAAACGAAUUUGAUUCAAAGAAAAGGAAAUCAAUAGAUAUGGUCAAAGGUCAAGUCAUCUUAAGGGCUUCACAUGCCUGGAUGUCAUUUAUUGAGCAGGUGGAGUCCAUUGGUGUAUCCACAUCCUUGAUUAUUCUGGCUACUUCAGAUGUUCCUUGCGCAGAACUGCCAUGUAAAGUAAGGGAGUUCUUUAGGAGUUGUCAAUCCAGCUGUAGCCAGUCUGCUUCAAUGGUGCAGACAGUGCCUCGUUUUUCUGUGCAGAUUGAGGGUAAUUUUAAUCAUGAUGUUAUGAUCAGUCUAUCCGCAGUGGAGCUAAUGAGAAAUGUAAUUGGGCAGCUGGUUCAAUUGGUCCACAAAAAAUCUCAUAUGCAUAUUGGAGCCCGAAAAGUGCACAUAACCUAUGAUUCAGUUCGAGGUUGUAAAGACAAGGCAUAUCUGGGAAAAGAUAACGGAUCAGUCAAUGGUGAUAAUGUUAAAGUCCAACUUCCUGAACCCUCGACUAAAGUUCCACUACCACCUAACAGCAGGCCACUGAAGCAAAAGUCAACCCUGCUGUUGGCAAUAUCAACCUUUGGUUAUCAAAUUAUUCGUUUCCCUCAUUUUGCAGAACUUUGUUGGGUCACAUCAAAAAUCAAAGAAGGUCCUUCUGCGGAUGUAAGUGGACCUUGGAAGGGUUGGCCUUUCAAUUCCUGCAUAAUUCGUCCUAGUACCCUAAAAGACAAGGUGGCUAAUUCUUGCAGCUCUAGCAAUAUGAAAAACAAAGAAAAAUCUGGUAUUGUCAGAGGCCUGAUGGCUGUUGGUUUAUCAGCAUACAGGGGUGCUUAUACAUCUGUCAGGGAAGUUUCUAGCGAGGUACGCAAGGUCCUUGAGAUAUUAGUUGGGAAAAUCAACACAAAAGUUCAAGCUGGUAAAGAUAGAUAUCAAUUUCUUCGUAUUCUAUCGCAAGUGGCUUAUUUGGAAGAUAUGGUUAAUAACUGGGCUUAUGCAUUGUUGAGUCUUGAGCAGGACUCCCCAGACCUGGCAGCAAAACUAACAUCGACUAGUGUUGGGUCAUUAAACGGACAUGAAAACCAGCAAAUGGAGGAUGAAGGUUGCCAGUUGGUUGGCCCCAUGGAAGGUCAUGAGCCAGAGAAGCUGGAGAGAAGUCCCAAUGCAAUUGCUGCCAAGACACCUGGAUCUCUUGCCUUGAGUGACAGAAAUGAUAAUGUGGAUAAUGUUGUUCACAGUAGCCAAGUUUCAGAAGGAUCUCCACAAAGUAGUUCCUUUCCAGAUGAUCAUAUUAACAACUCUGCUGCCUUGAGCCAGCCCGCUGAUCCAGUUACAAUUGUUGAGAACGGCACACUAGCUAAAGCAUUUGAAUCAGGAACAACAGGAAAUCAUGAAAUGAUAAAUGGAGAAAUUGGGCCCUCAAAAGGCUCAAAUGGAUCUUCACUUGCGACUGUUUCUGUUUCUGGAAAGGAAGAGUUCAAAUUGUCAAAAGGCUUAAAUGGAUCCACAUCUACCCAUUCUGUAGCCUUUUCUGAUAACGAACUUCUCAAUGCCCGCCAACCAGAGGGAGUUGAGAUUGAAGACUCCAGGAUAGCCUUUAUUUCUGUUCCCAGCUUGUCGUCAGCAGAGACUGGUAUUAAAUUAAGUGGUGUUGACUCCGGUGUAGAUGCCAAUGCUGUAGAAAUUAGUGACUCUCCAAGUAAACGCAUUGAUCCCGAUGAAUCUGGGAUCAUCUGUUUGUACCGAUGUUGCCCUGGAUGCCUCAACAGUCUUUAUCAUUUGACACGCAAAAUCCUUGUUCAUGAGCGUUGCUGGAAUGGAAGCAAUUGGGCUGUGGAAGAUGUCCAUGAUGUUCUUUCAUCAUUAUCUGUGGAUCUUAUUUCAGCGGUUAGAAAAAUUUAUUCUGCUAAAGAUUUCAACGAUAUAUAUGCAAAGUCUGAAGUGCCUCUUGACUGUUCAAACUCGAGAAUGUGUAACCCCAGGAAUCUAGACAGGGUUUUUAUGCCAGCUGAAUGCGUCUCUCACUCCACAGGCCAGCAUACAGCUGGAACCAAAGAUACGGCAUCUAAUGAAUUGAAGCUUGAUUUAAAUUUUGUUUUCAGAGAUGGUGUACUGGUUCAAAUGGACCCUGAUAAAGAAGUCUCUCUCCACUGUAAAUUUGAGACCUUGUGCCUUUGUUCUUUUAAAGAGUCGAUAGUAAUGACGAAGCACCCUUUUGGCUGAACUAUUGUUUCAUAUCUUGGAUUGCUUUAGCGAUUUUUUGGUGCUGGUGCGGAAGCUAUAUAUCAAUUUUUCUUUAUGAGAGUAGAAUUAUAAUUUUGGUUGACCACGAAAUACCUAUGCAGUUUCUUCCAGUUCUUACAUCAGCAAUGAUCAAAGAUCCUCUAAUCCCUCCUGACAAAUUAACCUAGAAUUUUGACCCUCUGUAGAAGCUAACCUCUCUUGUAAGUAUCAACUUACGUUGAAGAUUUUCGUGAUCAUGUAAUUACUAAACUGCUUUUUAUUGUAAACAUUCGCCGCCAGAAGUUAUUGUUUUUACUUGUUGAUUACAGGUUA